AUGGAAGGCAUCACAUCCAGCAUGAAAAAAAGUUUCAACAAAUACUGGAAGAGAAGAAAGGGAUACCAAAGAGUGAUCAAAUCGAGUCGAAAGCGGAACACGGUGAGGCUAGGAGGAGAAUCAACCACCGGAACAAAGAGGAAAUGGAGGAUCAAAAUCUCGCCGAAGAUCAAAAUUCCAGCAAUCUCUUCCCCUAAGAAAUGGAUGGUGUGGAUGAGAGACUCCUACGUGAGGAUGAUGGUGGCUUUGGCUAACUCCAAGGUGGUGAAAAUGGGGAGCUUGGGUGACCCUACUGGUGGAUUUGGGAGGAAUCAGCAACCUAAGGAGUAUGAUAGUAAAAUGAUUGUUCAUAUGUAUAAUUCGUUUGUUGUGUCUCAGGGACAUUUAGGUUCGAAAUUGGGUUCAACAACUACUUUGGCAAACGGGAACCAAUUACUAUAG